GACUGAUGUUAUCUUAGGUUAAGUUACAUUACAAACAAUUUUUGAUUAAAAAAAAUCAAUUUUAGCAGUUAAAUAUAUAAUUAGAACUUAAAACAUGAAACGUUUACUUUUAGAAAUAUCUUUUUGCAGUACACACCUAUUUAUUGCGUGUGCAUUUUUAUUCCUACCAACGCAGCAAUUUAAAAACGGAUGACCUUAAAAACAAGCGUUCGAAGGUCUAAAAUGUUAGAUAACGAAAAAAAUGAGAAAAUUGCCACUUACUUUUACAUAUAAACCUGUAACAGCGACGUAAACGCAUUAAAAAACAAAAUGAGUGGAUUAAUAGGUGCUAUAGACGAAGGAACAUCAAGUGCACGAUUUAUACUUUUCAAGGCAGGUACAACGGAAGUCGUUGCAUCUCAUCAAGAAGAAUUAACGAAGAAAUUCCCACAAGAAGGAUGGGUGGAACAAGAUCCAAUGGAAAUAUUGAACGCCGUGUACACAUGCAUUCAAAAAGGGAUAGAGAAAUUGGAAGAAUCGGGCGGAUGUGCCCAAGAUAUCAUUGCCGUGGGUGUUACAAAUCAACGAGAAUCAACUAUUCUCUGGGAUAAGACAACGGGUGAGCCUUUACACAAUUCAAUUGUUUGGUUGGAUAUGAGAACUGCAACAACUGUAGAUCAAUUAUUAGAUACAGUACCAAAUAAGAGUAGAAAUAAAAAUUACUUAAAACCUUUAUGUGGAUUGCCUUUAACGCCUUAUUUUAGUGCCGUUAAAGUGAAAUGGUUACACGAUAACAUCCCGAGAGUAGCCAAAGCCAUGCAGGAACAGCGCUGUUUAUUUGGAACCGUUGAUUCUUGGAUUAUUUGGAACUUAACGGGGGGUAAACAUGGUGGGAUUCAUGUAACGGAUGUCACAAACGCUUCUCGUACAAUGUUAAUGAAUAUUGAAACAUUAAAAUGGGAUCCUGUUUUAAUUAAAUUCUUCGAUAUUCCAAUAUCUGUUUUACCAACAAUUAAAUCAAGUUCUGAGGUUUAUGGAAAUAUUAUUGAUGGGCCUUUAAAAGGGAUUCCUAUUGCGGGGUGUUUGGGAGAUCAGCAAGCUGCUUUGGUUGGGCAACAAUGUUUACAAAGAGGUCAAGCUAAGGCCACAUACGGCACAGGUUGCUUUCUGCUCUAUAACACCGGAACCAUAAAAGUGGAUAGCUCACAUGGCUUGUUAACUACCGUAGCUUAUCAAUUAGGUCCCAAAACACUCCCAGUUUACGCUUUAGAGGGGUCAGUCGCUAUCGCAGGUGCGGCUUUGCAUUGGUUAAGGGACAAUUUGAACAUUAUACCUAGUUAUUCCGACGUUCAACAAUUUGUAGACAAAGCGGAAGAAGUCGAGGGUGGAGACGUGUAUUUUGUACCGGCUUUUAGCGGACUUUAUGCUCCAUAUUGGCAACAAGACGCCAGAGGCGUAAUUGUUGGAAUUACGGAAGAUACUGAAUCAUCGCACAUAGUUCGAGCUUCUUUGGAAGCGGUUUGUUUUCAAGUGCGAGAUGUUGUUGAAGCUAUGAAUAAAGAUUAUGGUGCUAAAUUAAAAAAUCUUCAAGUUGAUGGUGGAAUGACAACUAAUUCAAUGUUAAUGCAACUUCAAGCCGAUUUAACUGGGGUGACUAUCGGAAAGCCGAAAAUGGCGGAAAGUACAGCUCUUGGAGCGGCGAUGUGUGCAGGUGCAGCAAUGGGUUGUUGGAACGUUUUGCCGCCGAUGGAUAUUCCGUUGCAAGCAUGGCCUCCAAAACUUAAAGAAAACGAACGAGAUGUUCGUUAUGCUAGAUGGAAAGACGCGGUGGAAAGAAGUUUUGGAUGGGAUAAUUAGAUGUAGUCGCUUAUUACAAUGAAAUUAAAUAAAGGAAAUUUUAAGAAA